AUGUUUCUGAUUCCCUUCUGUCGUCUUAUUCGGGUAGAAAAAUCGAAGCUCCGAGCCUGUCAUGCCACUGAUCCAUUUGGGUUGGCUGCUCUCUUCAUCAGUUUCGCCAGAGGGGCGAUUACCUCGACCCUCAAGUCUUUCUUGUCAUCGGUACAUUCACCCGAAGGACAGGGCCGGUUAUUCUCUCUUGUUGGUGUCGCGGAAUACUGCGGCAUGUUGGUCGGUUUGCCUGGUUUCGCUGGGCUCUACGGAGUCACUGUAUCCGUUUGUCCCGGUGCCGUCUACUUCUUCUCCGCCGGUCUGAUCCUGGUCACCGUGGCUCUAACUUUAUGGCUUAUGUGGUUGAUCAUGCGGGAGUUGUCCUCGAUUGGUCAGAUUGCCAACCCCCUGGUGUUGAAUGUUGCACAGGGGUAG